CUUGGAUCGAAUGGCAUAUACGAGAUGGCAAAGGCCAUCUAAGGUCUCUAAGGCAUAAGGUCACUCGGACUCGGGCUAGGGAGGUCUACAAUGAAGACAAAUGGAAUGGCUACUCUGGGAGCGAAGACUGGAAACCGGUGCUUGAAGGAGCAACGGAGUUUUCAAUCGCAAAGAGCACCGAAUCCAACACCAACUGCCCAGCAAACUUUUCAGGGAGGAGUAUACAUCGAUCAUCCUCACCUAUUGCCGCCAAUGCUUCUUAAGGGUCAUUUACGACUUCCGCGAAGUCAAACGGGGAGAUCAAAUACCGCGUAGGCAAUGGAGGCUAUCUUCGUCGUGGGUCAACGAUGGAAUCCAAGCAAAGCACAGAAUAUGAAGACACCCGUGCCCUAGUAAAACACGAGUUUCCACAAGAGAGAAAACUCAGCGCCAUCAUUCCAGAUCACCCGUUUGGCAUCAUUAAGGAAUCUCGGCCAACCUCUGAUCAAGCUAGUAGAAGAUGAGCGGAAGGACGUCCGUCCACUCCAAUACAUGCCAAUCCUACAAUUUUACACCUUCCUCACGGAACUGUACGUUACGAUUCGCCGCCUGUCGAAUACAAGGGAUGCCGGUUCCCACAAACAAUUAUCGAGGUGCGACAUCACCGACGACGCUGGAGAUUGGUGUGGUUCUAUCGAAGUACCCACUGAAUGGAUAUCCGGAAGCGAGGAUCAGCGAUUCCAUUUCAUUGUAAUAUCUCACGCAAAAGCUCUCACUAUGGAAAAAAAUGCCUGGUUUAGACCUACUACAUUCCGAAGGAGGGAGAGGAGUCGCAAUGGGGUCUGUACUACAUUUUGCUCUUGGAGAGGGAUAAUGAACGAUGCUUAUGGGAACGGGUUGCUCUUGGCAAGGUUUUUCGGACCGCUUUUGAAAAAGCAAGUUGGUCCGAGAUAAAACUUGGAUGAUCCUGGUGGUUACCUACGUGGGUGUGAGACAGAAGUUAAUAGAUGAGGGCGCACGUAUCCUAUACUUAAUAUACUAUUAAGAAGGGCGGCCAGUCUAGUGACAAGUCAGACCCAUAGGUAUGUAUAUUAUCAUUGAAUAUAUUUAAAUAAAU